AUGUAUCGCCAAUACCAAGAAAGUAUUACUCAACUUCAUCUAGCAAUUGAAUUUGGCUUGAAGAGAAAAGCAUAUAAUUUGAUAAUGAGUGGAAUUGAUGUUAAUUCUAAUCUCGGAGGCAAUACUCCUCUUCAUAGGGCAGUUAUUCACUUACACGCCGCACAGUUGGAUAUCGUAAAAAUGCUGAUUAAUAAAGGAGCUGAUUUACAUGCUAGGAAUAAGGAUAAUUAUACGCCGCUCGACAUAGCAAUUCAGGGUGACAAAACAAAAUUCGCCAUACAGCUUAUCAGACAUGGAGCUCUUGAUGGAGAAGAUUUAAACCCAUUGCUUCUUGAGGCUAUUCUCAAAGCUGUUUUUUCUAAAAAAUGUUGGAGCAUUAUCAAAACCAUAAUACCUUUUUGCAGUUUUUCAAAACCAUCUGAUCUAUAUAUUCCUGAAGAAUUAGUAAGAAAGUCUGAUUUACAAUCUAAAAGGAGUAUUGCAUUGUUGUUGAAAUGGAACUUUACUGUACAUCCAAAUAGUCAUCAUGAUGAAGAUUUUGUUUAUGGAGCAGUCAAAAAUGGAUACCUAUCAAUUGUCUUGCAACUUUUGAAUUCUGGAAUCAAUGUUAACAUGAUGAAUUCAAAACACAUGGUGCAGAUAUUACUCGUACGAAUCGUUGUUUAG